AUGCGUCUGUUUGUUGCUCUGCUUUGUGUGAGUUUGGUGGCCGUGUCCUCCGGACAAUUGUCCCUUCGCGGAAGAUUGGCUCGCUCGGCUCCCUUGAAACUGGCUGUGGAGCCAUCCUCCCUGUUGGCCAGCAAUGCCGGAAUUGUGAACGAGGCCGCCGUUGUCCCCUCCGUUUUGGUUAAGAACGCCGGAAUUGUCCCAUCUUUGCUGGUUAAGAACGCCGGAAUUGUUCCGUCCGUGCUGGUUAACAGUGCCCCCGGAAUUAUUCCCGCAGUCGAUGUGGCUGCCGAUGUGCAAACACCCAGCAUCCUGCCACAAGUGCCCACUGGCAAUAUCCUUCCCUACUAUCCCCGCUAUUGGCCCGAUUAUGGAGCAUCCUCUGGUGGCUGGUAUCCCGGCGGUUGGGGCGGUCCUGGCUACUGGAACAACAACUACUUCGGUUACGGAGCUCCCUACUUUCCUAGGCGACGAUUUGUGAAGCCCGUCGUCCGUGCAACUAGAUCCGCUCCCGCCUCCACGUCCUCCUCCUCCACCACCACCACCUCCACCACUUCCACAAGUUCUGGAGAUGACUCCCAAUCCGAUGGUUCCUCGUCCAAUGCGAAUGCUGAGGUUGCUCCUGAGGUUGCCCCUGAGGUUGCCCCUGAGGUUGCUCCUGAGGUUACUCCCGAUGUCGUUCCCAAUGUUGACGCUGAAGUCGUUGCCGAUCCCGUCGAGCCUGUGUUCACCACCCAGGUGAUCUAAGCAGCAAACUGGAAAAAGUUAAA